AUGACUGACCACGGUGAUUAUUGUAAUAUGUUCAAUUUUGACAGUAAUCUUUAUGAUGAAGAAUAUUUUGAAGUAAAAAAAGAUUCUGAUGAAAUGCUAAUAGACGCAGUGAGAGCAUAUCCUCAUUUGUAUAAUCAGCAAGAUUGUAAUUUCAAAGAUAAAGUGAUGAAGGAAAAUUCAUGGAAAGAGAUAGCCCAAACAUUGAACUUGGCAGUUCACGACUGUAAACAUCGAUGGAAAGCACUACGAGAGAGAUUUACAAAAGAAAAACGUCAAAAAGAGAACGAUACAAAGAGUGGUAGUGGANCUACUCAAAGGACCAUUUUUACAUUUUUUGACCAAAUGGCUUUCUUAAAUGAUCAUGUUAAAAGGAGAAAAUCGUACACUAACGUCUCAAACGUCAAGCGUCAAAAGCCAACAGUGCUUAGCGAACGUCACUCAUUCACUGCAUCAACCUUAACUGGAAUCGAAAAAAGCAGCGAAGCUGAGAAAGAUUCAGUGGACAUCAUCAGUAGUGAAAGUGCUGAAUCCUCAGGUUCCAAAACAUUACAAUCAAGAGCUGAUNAAUUAAUGAUUCAACCAUGUUCAAACUUUUCAUCUGGUUUCAAGAAGAACUUUCUGGAAAAGAGUGGCGAUGUGUUAUCAACGUCGUCAAAUAGUAAUCAAUGUUCUAAUAAUUUCUCUACAACCGUCUUGUCCACACGAAGCAGUGCUUAUGAUUCAGAUGAUUCACGAUUCUCU